AUGAAGCUUUCCAUCAUCGCCGCAGCUGCCAUUGCGCAGAUUGCCUCUGCCCACUACACCUUCGAUGUCCUCGUUACCGACGGCCAGGAGUCCAAGGGCUACGAGUUCAUCCGCGAGAACACUCGUGCGGAGAAGUUCAACCCCACCAAGUGGAAGAACCCCCUCGACAACAUGACCCCCGACAUGGACGACUUCCGCUGCAACAAGGGCUCGUUCGCCAGCGCUGGCAAGACCGGCGUCAAGGAGGUCGCAGCCGGCACCAAGAUGGCCAUGAAGCUUGCCUACGGCGCUACCAUGAAGCACCCCGGCCCCGCUUUUGUCUACAUGUCCAAGGCGCCCAGCUCCGUCAAGGAGUACGAGGGUGACGGCGAGUGGUUCAAGAUCUUCGAGUCUGGUCUUUGCCACCCCGACAAGGACAUUCUUGGUGAUGCUUGGUGCACCUGGGAUAGCAACAAGAUCGAGUUCACUGUCCCGGCUGAGGUGCCAGAGGGCGAGUACUUGAUCCGCUCUGAGCACGUUGGUCUUCACGGUGCGCACGAUGGCCAGGCUGAGUUCUACUACGCAUGUGCUCAAGUCAAGGUCACCGGCGGCGGCAGCGGCACCCCCGGCCCCACCGUCAAGUUCCCCGGCGCCUACAAGAAGGACGACCCAGAGUUCAACUUCAGCAUCUGGGGCGGCUACAAGGACUACACCUUCCCCGCCCCCGCUGUCUGGGAUGCCAGCACCAGCGGCGGCGCCCAGUCUCCCGCUCAGACCCCUACUGAGCAGCCUGCUGAGGAGACUUCGCCUGCUGCUUCUCCCGUGCCUUCUUCUGAGGAGCCUGCUGCUAGCAGCGAGGCUGUUGCGCACAACUCUGAGAACUGCAAGGGUGGAAAGGCUAAGCGUGGUCGCCGUGCUUUCCGCGAAGCUCUUCUCCGCAAGGAGUAA